AUGGCUUUACUCUCAGUGGUGCUAUUUUUGGCUGCUGUCCUGCUUCCACCUUUACCUGCAGAAAGUAAGGAUCCAGCCUUUUCUGCUUUGUUAACCACUCAAUCGCAUAUCCAAAAAGAUAUUGUAAAUAAACACAAUGCAUUAAGGAAAUCAGUCUCUCCACCUGCCAGCAACAUGCUACAGAUGGAAUGGAACAGAGAAGCAAUGAUAAAUGCCCAGAAGUGGGCAAACAAGUGCACUUUAGAACACAGUAAGCCAGAGGAACGACAAACCAGUACGAAAUGUGGUGAGAAUCUCUAUAUGUCAAGUGACCCUACUGAGUGGUCAGAUGCACUCCAAAACUGGUUUGAUGAGAGUGACGAUUUUGUUUAUGGUUCAGGACCCAAGUCUUCCAGUGUAGUGGUUGGACAUUAUACCCAGCUUGUUUGGUACUCUUCUUACCGUGUUGGAUGUGGAAUUGCUUAUUGUCCCAAUCAAGAAAAUCUAAAAUACUUCUAUGUUUGCCACUAUUGUCCUGCAGGCAAUAAUGUGAGUAAAAAGAAUACCCCUUACCAACAAGGAACACCCUGUGCCAGUUGCCCCACUAGCUGUAACAAUGGACUAUGCACCAAUAGUUGUGAGUAUGAAGAUCUCCUUAGUAACUGUGGUUCCUUGAAGACAACAGCAGGCUGUGAGCAUGAAUUGCUCAAAGAAAAGUGCAAGGCUACUUGUCUAUGUCAAGACAAAGUUUUCUGA